GGAAGAAAAGCCCUGAAGGGAGGAUGAGGAGGAUUAGAGCAGAUUACUGAGCAUUUUAUAAUAGCAGACAAGAGGAAGAAGAAAGCACAAACACCAGUUAGGAGAUAAAUCCUGACCAACUGGGUAAACUGGUCCAAACUGAUGCAGUAAACUGGGACCAGCCUCUCAGAACAGACUCUAGGAGGAAGGUCGAACCGCUGUGAGCUGGUCUGGGGUCAGCAGGCAGCGUGGAUGGACGGAUUCCAGGCAUAUGGAGCGGGGAAGGCCGGCGGCACCUUCGAUCCCCUGACCUUCAUCAGGCAGCCUCAGACCAUCAUCAGGAUCCUCUGCUGGCUCUUCUCCAUCGUGAUCCUGGGAUGUGUCGCCAACGAAGGUUACAUCAACCGUCCCGAUGAAGUGGAGGAGUACUGCAUCUUCAACCGCAACCAAAACGCCUGUAACUACGCCAUUGCCAUGGGAACACUGGGUUUCCUCUGCAGCGCCGGUUUCCUGGCGCUGGACGUUUAUUUCCCUCAGAUAAGCGGGGUGAAGGACAGGAAGAAGGCCGUCAUGUUGGACAUCGGGGUGUCGGCUUUCUGGUCUCUCAUCUGGUUUGUGGGUUUCUGCUUCCUGGCCAACCAGUGGCAGUUUUCCAAUCCUGAAGACAAUCCUUUGAACGAAGGCGCCGAUGCCGCCAGGGCUACCAUCAUCUUCUGCUUCUUCUCCAUCUUCACCUGGGCGUUCCAGUCUCUGCUGGCCGUCCUCAGGUUCAAACAGGGAGCAGACACCGUCAUCUUCAACCAGGACUACGUCGAUCCAGAGCUACAGGAGCCUGUGGAGGCUCCGCCCACAUACGAGUAAAGCUCCGCCCACAUACCGCUGUAGAGGCGGGGCUUAAGUUGAUGUUUAGGAACAAGACAUAAAACUGUUUAGUGUGAUGAUGUCACUCAGCUUGAAGGCGUGGCUUCUGUCUCCACAGCCAAUCAAAACCCAGAACAGUUAAAGUUCUGGUCUUUAAGUUUGUUCUUAUAAAAGUGUAAAUCUGCAGGUAUUUUACUCCACAUGUGGCCAUGUGAGAUCAAUAAACACUGGACAUUAUUGACCUCUUAGGUGGAAAAUGUUAGUUUUCUUUUAGAAAAUUAUGGUUUUGUUUUGCUUUGAAGAACCUUGAAAGAAUAAUGUGUGGAAAUGCUUGGAGCAUCUUCUUUGUAUAACUGAAUUGCUGUGAGGCACAGCGCCACCUGCUGGUCAGUGACUCCUUCUUUGUAUUUUAUGGUGCUGUAUUCUGUUUUGACAAACUGUUGUUAAAUUAUGAGGUGCGUUUCAGUUGUACAAGAGCUCAGUCUGCGGUUAGUGCAGUAAAACAGAUUUAUUGUUUACUCAUCGUUUCCCUGAACGUGCUGCGACCUGCAGGAUUAAGAGAAGGAAUACUAGAUCUGCACCUAUUUAUGGCUUCAUUAUUCUGUGACUCAGAGACAGACUAUAAACUGACCCAGUUAAAGCCUCCAGGCUCCAAAACUGAGUAAGAUUUUAUAUAAUACUCUCAUUGUACCGUAUUUGAGUUAUUGUGUGGAAGUUUGGAGCAAUAUAUGCAAAACAAACAUAAAAAAACAGAAUACUACAUCAAGUGGAACAUUAGGAACAUACAAAUCCAAUAGUUUUGAAAUUCUGGGGCCUUGUAAAAUUCAAAAUUGUACAAUUUAUAUUCAAAGUAGGAAAAUAUCAACUUCCACACAAUAUUCAAAAUAUGUUUGGUGACAAAGAGAGGCGUUAUUAUUUAAGAAAAGAAGGAAAUAAAUUUAAAAAAAAAUAAAAAAAAACAAUAUAUAAGAACAACCAAAAAAGUUUUUGUAUAUGAGUGUGUGGGGUAGAUUUGUGGAAUAGAUUAAAUGAUAAGCUCAAAGUACAAAUAUGAACCAGUUUAAAAAACAGUACAAAAAGGAGCUUUUUGGAUAUUAUGUUGUAUAGGAUGGAUGUCUCAAAUAACAAAAAUGCUAUUAUUGAUGAUAAUAAGUAAAUAAAUGUACAUUCAAUGAUGAAAAUGUAAAAUGAAAGCAUCACUUAAUGUGGGAGGAUUUUAAGGGUUUUAUGUUAAUG